GGCAACUCUUUCUCGAAUAGUGUUGAAAAAUCGCUAAAUUUAUUGUUUUUAUUUGUGUACGGGUUUUUAGUUGCUGCCAAAAUGUGGAAGUAUGGACAAAAUCAGAUGAAUCAAGGUGGAUCUGGUGGAGGUGGACCGAAUAUGAUGCCUAUGGGCGGAUUUAUGCAAGGAGGUGCUGGUAUGCACAUGUCCCCGCAACAACAACAGCAGCACCAAAUGAAUCAAAUGAUGGGAGGCGGUGGACCUGGCGGGCCAGGUGGCAUGCAAAUGAAUCCGAAUGCUGGGGCUGGCAGUGGACCAGCCGGUCUAAUGCAAGGCAUGGGUAUGUCUCCGCAACACCAAAUGCAGCAACAGCAUCAAAUGAUGCAGGGCGGCGUUGGCGUUCCAAUGUCCAAUAUGCCGCCGCAACAAGCGAAUGUAAUGCAGCAGCAGAUGAUGGGUCCACAGCAAGGAGUGGUCAUGGGUGGUGGUGCUGGUAUUGGCCCACAACAACAACAACCCAAUAUACCACAAAACCAACAGCAGCAGCACAAUCCAGGAACAGGUGCAGCCGGCGGAGGUGGCGGAAACAACAUGUUGGCAAUUUCACAACCGAAUCCACACAAAGAAAUCAACAUAGUCCAAUUAUCGCGACUAGGCCAGGAGACAGUUCAAGACAUUGCUUCACGCUUCCAAGAGGUUUUCUCAGCUCUGAAGAACAUACAACCUACCUCUCACAGAGAUAACAACACUGAGAAAAAGGUCCAAGAGUAUUUUCGCACUAUUCGAUUGCUUUUCAAACGUGUUCGCAUCAUCUAUGAAAAGUGCAAUGAUGCCGGCAUGGACUAUAUGAACGCGGAAACCUUAAUACCCUACAGGGAUGAGCCAGAUCCACGUAUAGAGCCAUCGCAAUGUGAUGAGUAUCGCAAAGUGCUGCAGGAGAACCAGGAACUAAUCGAAACCGUAAAACUGAAAAAUCGUCAAUUACGAGAGAUUAUUGAUAGGACGCGCAUAAUAAUAUGGGAAAUUAAUACGAUGUUGGCUAUGCGGCGCUCCUAAAUAUAAAUUUAUUUUAAUGAAUUCCAAACAUUUGUUUAUUUAUGU